AUGCCAUCUGUAAUCAGUACGCUUCAUACCUUCGAUACCGUAUAUUCCGCCGACUCUGUAGAAUGGUGCCCGCACCCGCCCUACCAGCAUCUCUUCGUUUGUGGAACAUAUCAGCUAGCGGACGGUGAAGAAUCGCUUACCAGCGGGAACUCUGGAACGACGACGCGCAAGGGUCGAAUUUUGCUCUUCAGCUACGACCCGCAGCACGAUUCUCUAGUCCACGAGCAAACCAUCGAUACUCCGGCCAUUCUGGACCAAAAGUGGCAUCCGAAAAGCGCGCAGCUGGCAGUGGUGACCGCCAGCGGAGAAAUGCAACUCUACGCCGUUCACGAGGAUACUCAACAGCUGAGCCACGUGGAAUCGCUGCGGAUUCCCGCUGAAGAAGUAGACUGCGAGCAACUUGCGCUGGCGCUCGAUUGGUCCAGCGACGGGAACCGGGCAGCGGUCAGCGAUUCGCGGGGUGGCGUUUCGAUUGUCUCUAUCGAGGAGCAAGGCAUGCGGCACCUGCACCGUUGGAAGGCGCAUUCCUUCGAGGCGUGGACGUGUGCCUUCGAUAGGGCGGACCAGAAUGUCCUGUACACGGGUGGUGACGACACGCUGCUCUGCACGUUCGACAUUCGCUGUCUGGAAAGCCCCGCGGCCCGGCUCAAGAACAAGAGCCACGGCGCCGGAGUGACGUCGCUGCUGUCGCUCGAAGGUCACCUGCUGGCCACCGGAAGCUACGACGAUUGCUUGCGGAUCUUCGACACGCGCGCAAUGAAGUCCUGCCUGACGGAGUUUAACGUCGGUGGCGGACUCUGGCGCAUCAAGCCGAACCCUGGCCGGCCGCGUCAGCUUCUGUGCGCUUGCAUGUAUCACAACUUUAGCGUGGUGAGCGUUGGCGAGGAUGGCCGCGUGGUGGCUCUGGACGCGGAGUACAACGAGCAUGGAAGCAUUUGCUACGGGUGCGACUGGAGCUAUCGGGGCCGGGAGGAGGGAGGUGAAGCUAGAUAUUUUGCAACCUGUUCGUUCUACGACCAUAAAUUGUGUUUGGCCGUUCUUAAAACGGAGGAAUAACUUGUACGAAUAAAGAAUCAAAAUUUGAAAA